AACUUCAAAUGAAAAUAGAUAAAACCAGUAAGAAGAGAGAGGAUACAUCCGCCAAGAACGUCGUCACCACCAGCACAGACUCCACUACUACCUCCAACACCACCACCAUCACCACCACCAUCAGUGACACCAUCAAGGCACCACUGAGGCUCGAGGCACCGCCGGGCAGCCUCACUACCACAACUAAAACACCGCCGGAAAGUCUCCUAAAUGGAGACAUCGUUGUCAGACGUAGUCUGCCGGGUCGAACUGGGCGAGGGGAUCCCCGGCUGGUACGUUCCCUUGACCUGGAGCUGCUGGAGGAGGAGGCUCACAACACACGCAGGAUGCUGGAGGAAGAGCGAGCCAAGAAUAUGUAUCUCACCUCGCUUGUGGAGGAUCUAAAGAGGCAGGCGCGGGAGGCAGCCAAGGAGAGCUCCAGCCUAGCACAUCUUAGCAACAGAGUGAGCGCCCCUCCUGUGCUGCCCCCACCACGCCCCCCUCCACGCCCACCUCCACAUACCAACCCCGCGGCUGGCCAAGCCCUCCGCGCCACCAUACACACCUCCCCGCACGCCAAACAAGUGGGCGCUAAGGAGCAGUCUCCUCGCUCCCAGCAGAUCGACAAGUUACUGAGCUCCACCUCACCGGUCCAGCGACGGGCCACCCCUGACUUAGGCAAGACACAAGCGCAGACAGAUCGAGAACCUCGCUUCCCACCCCUUGGUCAACAGUACCAGCAGACACAGCAGGAGAGAGGCGGCAGGCCGCCGCCUCGCAAAACUGGCAGUCCCACAAAUCGUCGAUUUUCCGAAAGGUCGAGUGAGCGUGAAGGUGGAACCACUUUGCCUGCCAUUUCUUCUGGUGCGAGGUCAGACCAAAAACCGCAUGAACUGCAACAACAACGGGGCCGAGGAAGGUACUUUGGACGUGGGCGUACAAGAAAUCGUCAGCAGCAGCAGCAGCAGCAACCACAGCAGCAACAAGACAGACAGCAAAGACAGGAUAUUAGCGAGACAGAAGUCGGUCUGCACCCAUCAAGGGGGUCCGGGAGAGCCCCUACCGCCCGAGAGGACUCCAGGGGGCGUCGAGACCCUGCCAGAACUCCCACUUCGUCCAGAGACUUGUCGCAAGGCCAGCGAGGGGGCGGGCAUGGCCGAGACGGCUCUGUGGGAGCCACAUCUUCACCUCAAGCAGAAAUCAAGAGAGGAGCGGCUGCUCAGGAGCAGGAUCCUCGUCCUGAAAUUCGCGCCAAGGGACGUGGACGUGCACACAGGCGCGGAGGGCGGGGACGACUGCGCAAAGAGAAACACAAUGCAUCUUCAGAGCAGCCAGAAAGUGAGCAAUAGCUUUCUGCUCUUACACCCAGCUGUCAAUAUACACACACACACGACCUCAGUGCUAUGCAUACUGUAGACGGCUUCUUUCUCUAUAUUAGAUGUGAUGCAGUGAAAGUUUCCGUGGGUUACGUGUAGCAUCCACAUAUACUUCUGCCAAUGGUCACAAGCAUUUACUAUCAACUGUUAGCUUUUAAAUAUCAAAGUUAAAGAAGGUUCACUCAUGAAGUGAGGGGCUCCUCUUGGGUAUCCUAAGUACAACCUGUUAGCAGAGAGUGUCGGUCUUGUCACAUCUGCAUCUCUCUCGCAGGGUUAAUUACCCUGAUUGUUGUGGUUGUUAUACUGUAUACUUGACAGACAAUUCCUAAUAGUCUGACUCUCCACUGGUGUGUAGAGUGAAAUGUGAAGUAGGAAGCAAAUCUUUAAAUAAAUUGUAUUA